CGCACGCACAGCCAAGCUCCUGCUCCACACGCAGACGCGGCACGAGCAUCCCCCGUGUGAAAGCUCACCAUGGCUGAAGGAGGAGAGGGCGAGGACGAAAUCCAGUUCCUGCGAACUGAUGACGAGGUGGUCCUACAGUGCUCAGCCACAAUCCACAAGGAGCAACAGAAACUCUGUCUGGCUGCUGAAGGCUUCGGAAACAGACUCUGCUUCCUUGAAUCCAUCUCAAACUCCAAGAAUGUACCUCCAGAUCUGUCCAUCUGCACCUUUGUGUUGGAGCAGUCGCUCUCGGUUCGAGCCCUUCAGGAAAUGCUGGCCAACACUGAGGAGAAGGCUGAGGGGCAUGUAGAUGUGGAAAUAUGGACGGCCCAGGGUGGCGGCCAUCGCACCUUGCUGUAUGGACAUGCUGUCCUGCUGCGACACUCCUACAGUGGAAUGUACCUGUGCUGUCUGUCAACCUCCCGCUCAUCCACAGAUAAACUGGCUUUUGAUGUUGGACUGCAGGAAGAUACCACAGGCGAGGCGUGCUGGUGGACCAUCCAUCCAGCAUCAAAGCAGCGUUCAGAGGGAGAGAAGGUUAGAGUGGGAGAUGAUCUAAUCCUGGUCAGCGUCUCUUCGGAAAGAUAUUUGCAUCUGUCCUAUGGUAAUGGGAGUCUCCAUGUAGAUGCAGCCUUCCAGCAGACACUUUGGAGUGUGGCUCCCAUCUGUUCUGGCAGUGAAGUAGCACAAGGUUUCCUGAUUGGAGGGGACGUCCUCCGUCUCCUUCAUGGUCACAUGGACGAGUGUUUAACUGUUCCAUCUGGGGAGCAUGGAGACGAGCAGAGGAGGACAGUGCACUAUGAGGGGGGAGCAGUGUCCAGUCAUGCUAGGUCCCUGUGGAGGCUGGAGACGCUGCGUGUUGUGUGGAGUGGGAGUCAUAUCCGCUGGGGUCAGCCAUUCAGACUGAGACAUGUGACCACAGGAAAGUAUCUCAGUCUGAUAGAAGACAAAUCUCUGCUGCUGAUGGACAAAGAGAAAGCUGACAUCAAGUCUACAGCCUUCUGCUUCAGGUCUUCCAAGGAAAAGUUGGACCCAGGCGUGAAGAAGGAGGUGGACGGGAUGGGUGUUCCUGACAUCAAGUAUGGCGACUCCGUGUGUUACAUCCAACAUGUUGACACCUACCUGUGGCUCACCUACCAGACUAUUGAUGCCAAGUGUGCAAGAAUGGGCGGAGUACAGAGAAAGGCCAUCAUGCACCAUGAGGGUCACAUGGAUGACGGGCUGACGCUGUCUCGAUCACAACACGAGGAGAGCCGCACUGCCAGAGUCAUCCGCAGUACUGUCUUUCUGUUCAACCUAUUCAUCAGGGGUCUGGACACAUUAAGGAAAAAGGGGAAGAGCUCCACUCUCAAUCUACCAAUAGAUUCAGUCAGUCUGAGUCUGCAGGAUCUGAUUGGCUACUUCCAGCCCCCCGGAGACCACCUGGAACAUGAAGACAAGCAGAACCGGCUGAGAGCUCUGAAGAACCGGCAGAACCUCUUUCAAGAAGAGGGGAUGAUCAGCCUGGUGUUGGAGUGUAUUGAUCGCCUUCACGUCUACAGCAGUGCAGCUCAUUUUGCUGAGGCAGUAGGAAGGGAGGCAGGGGAAGCUUGGAGCUCCAUCCUCAACUCCCUCUACCAGCUACUGGCUGCACUGAUCAGAGGAAACAGGAAGAACUGUGCUCAGUUUUCUGGUUCGUUGGACUGGCUGAUCAGCAGACUGGAGAGACUGGAAGCCUCUUCUGGUAUACUUGAGGUGCUACACUGUGUGCUGGUGGAGAGUCCUGAGGCACUGAACAUAAUCAAAGAGGGCCACAUCAAAUCUAUUAUAUCACUGCUGGACAAGCAUGGACGCAAUUACAAGGUUCUAGAUGUGUUGUGUUCGCUGUGUGUGUGUCACGGAGUGGCAGUGCGCUCCAACCAGCACCUGAUCUGUGACAACCUGCUGCCAGGAAGAGACCUGUUACUGCAGACCCGCCUGAUCAACCACGUAAGCAGCAUGCGUCCCAACAUCUUCCUGGGAGUCAGUGACGGCUCAGCUCAGUACAGGAAGUGGUACUACGAGCUGAUCGUGGAUCAGGCGCUGCCCUUUGUUACAGCAGAGGCCACUCACCUCAGGGUGGGCUGGGCCGACACUAGUGGCUACGCACCCUACCCCAGUGGGGGGGAGGGGUGGGGAGGCAAUGGGGUGGGUGAUGACCUCUACUCCUACGGCUUUGAUGGACUCCACCUCUGGUCAGGCUGCAUUGCUCGGACUGUUAACUCCCCCAAUCAGCAUCUUCUGAGAGCGGAGGAUGUGGUGAGUUGCUGCCUGGACCUCAGCGUGCCCAGCAUCUCCUUCAGGAUCAACGGUCAGCCGGUUCAGGGCAUGUUUGAAAACUUCAACUCUGACGGCCUCUUCUUCCCUGUGGCCAGCUUCUCAGCCGGAGUCAAGGUGCGUUUCCUCCUCGGUGGUCGUCACGGGGAGUUUAAGUUCCUCCCUCCUCCCGGUUAUGCUCCUUGCUAUGAGGCAGUGUUGCCUAGGGAGAAGCUGAAGCUAGAGCCCAGUCAAGACCAGACUGCGGCCAGAGACCUGCUGGGACCUACUGUCACCAUGAGCCAGGCGGCAUUCACCCCCACACCUGUGGACACCAGCCAGAUUGUACUCCCACCUCACUUGGAGAGGAUCAGGGAGAAGCUUGCAGAAAACAUCCAUGAACUCUGGGUGAUGAACAAAAUAGAGCUGGGCUGGACCUAUGGUGCAGUGCGAGACGAUAACAAGCGUCAACACCCCUGUCUAGUGGAAUUCUCCAAGCUUCCUGAACAGGAGCGGAGCUACAACUUACAGAUGUCUCUAGAGACUCUCAAGACUCUCCUGGCUUUGGGUUGCCAUGUUGGCCUAGCAGAUGAACAUGCAGUAGAGAAAGUCAAGAGCAUGAAACUGUCACCAACCUAUGAGUUGUCGGGUGGUUAUAAACCUGCUCCUCUGGACCUGAGUCACAUCAAACUGACUUCCACCCAGGAAGCCAUGGUGGACAAAUUGGCUGAGAAUGCACACAACGUCUGGGCACGAGACCGUAUCCGCCAGGGCUGGACUUAUGGCAUCCAACAGGAUGUGAAGAAUCGUAGAAACCCUCGCCUGGUCCCCUACAUCCUACUGGACGAGAGAACCAAGAAGUCCAACAAAGACAGUCUGAGAGAGGCCGUCAGGACUCUGCUGGGAUAUGGAUACAACCUCGAAGCUCCUGACCAGGACCAUGCAGCUCAAUCUGACCCCAGCAACAUGUCUGCUGAGAGGUUCCGCAUUUUCAGAGCAGAGAAAACCUACUGUGUUAAUGCAGGGAAGUGGUACUUUGAGCUGGAGGUAUUGACAGCAGGAGAGAUGCGGGUGGGCUGGGCCAGGCCAGGUUGCCUCCCAGACCAGGAGCUGGGAUCUGAUGACCAGGCCUUUGUCUUUGAUGGCUUCAAGGUCCAGCGCUGGCACCAGGGUAACGAGCACUUUGGCCGUGCCUGGCAGACGGGGGAUGUUGUUGGCUGCAUGGUGGAUCUGAACGAGCACACCAUGAUGUUCACACUUAAUGGCGAAGUGCUGCUGGAUGACUCUGGGUCUGAGCUAGCCUUCAAGGACUUUGAAGUUUGUGGAGGCUUUAUUCCAGUGUGUAGUCUGGGUGUGUGUCAGGUGGGGAGGAUGAACUUUGGUAAAGACGUCAGCACUCUGAAGUUCUUCACCAUCUGCGGCCUGCAGGAAGGCUAUGAGCCAUUCGCCGUCAACAUGAACCGGGACGUCACAAUGUGGCUCAGCAAGAGGCUGCCUCAGUUUGUACCUGUCCCCACCAACCACCAGCACAUAGAGGUGACAAGAAUAGAUGGCACAGUGGAGUCGUGUCCGUGCCUAAGGGUCACCCAGAGGUCAUUUGGUUCACAGAACAGUUACACUGACAUCACCUUCUACAGACUGAGCAUGCCCAUUGAGUGCUUGGAUUCCUUCUCCAGAUCUACACCUGAAAGCCUCUUCUCACCAAAGAGGGAGCUGGAGGACUUUGAAACUGUGUCAGACUUUGAGGUCCUUAUGAAGACUUCUCACGGUCACAAUGGUCCAAACGGACCUGAAAGAGACGAAUUUAAUAAUCACAAAGAUUAUAACCAGGAGAAGUCCUCCAAGCUCAAGCAACGGUUCACGUUAAAGAGAAACAAGCCGGACAACAGCUGUCCGUCAUCUGCUCGUCUGUCAGAGGAGGUGAUGGCUGAUGACAGAGAGGAAUACGAAUUCCUCACGCAAGCCUCGACUCACUACUACUCAGUGCGGAUCUUCCCUGGUCAGGAGCCAAGCAGUGUUUGGGUGGGCUGGGUAACCUCGGACUUCCAUCAGCACGACCCAGGGUUCGAUCUGCACAAUGUCCGAACUGUCACUGUCACCCUGGGAGACGAGAAGGGCAAAGUUCAUGAGAGUAUAAAGCGCAGCAACUGUUACAUGGUGUGGGCUGGAGAAAGCAGCAGUCCUGGUCAGGGGAGGAACAACAAUGGUUUAGAGAUCGGCUGUCUGGUUGACACAACAAAUGGACUGCUGACCUUCACAGCAAAUGGCAAAGAGCUCAGCACAUACUACCAGGUGGAGCCCAGCACUAAGCUAUUCCCAGCAGUCUUUGCCAAGGCCACCAGCCCCAAUGUCUUCCAAUUUGAACUGGGGCGAAUAAAGAAUGUGAUGCCUCUGUCAGCUGGUCUGUUCAAGAGUGAGAGAAAGAACCCGGUUCCUCAGUGCCCUCCACGACUGCAUGUCCAGUUUCUCACUCCUGUUUUAUGGAGUCGUGUUCCAAAUCACUUCCUCAAGGUGUCAGCAUCCAGAGUGAAUGACAGGCACGGCUGGCUGGUCCAGUGUAACAAACCUCUGCAGUUCAUGUCUCUGCACAUACCUGAGGAGAACAGGUCUGUGGAUAUCCUGGAGCUGUCAGAGCAGAAGGACCUAUUAAAGUUUCACUACCAUACCCUCAGAUUGUACUCCGCAAUAUGUGCUCUAGGAAACAAUCGAGUGGCUCAUGCCCUCUGUUCCCACGUAGACGAGUCACAACUCCUGCUGGCUAUAGAGAAUAAGUACAUGCCAGGUUUGCUUCGUGCAGGCUACUAUGACCUCCUCAUCGACAUCCACUUGAGCAGCUAUGCCACGGCUCGGCUCAUGAUGAACAAUGAGUACAUUGUUCCCAUGACAGGCGAAACCAAGAGCAUCACCCUGUUUCCAGAUGAGAAGAAGAAACACGGCCUACCAGGCAUUGGCCUCAGCACUUCCCUGAGACCCAGGAUGCACUUCUCAUCCCCGAGUUUUGUCUGUGGGAGCGGACCGAUGUAUCGUAAUAACGGAAACAACAGUUCAGGAUCGGGAGACUGUUUCCAGUACAGCCCUGAAUUCCCCUUAGAAAUACUGAAAAUGAAAACCAUCGAGAUGCUAACAGAGGCUGUGCGGGAGGGAAGCAUGCAUGUACGGGAUCCAAUAGGCGGCAGCACUGAGUUUCUCUUUGUCCCCCUCAUCAAGCUGUUCUACACCUUACUAAUCAUGGGAGUUUUCCAAAAUGGAGAUCUGAAGAACAUCCUCAGACUGAUUGAACCAUCUGUGUUCUCUGAACGACGAGAAGGGCAGGAGGACACACAUGUGUCACACGAGCUAGAGGGGGUGAAUGUGUUGGAGGCUGAAGGAAGAGGAGAGGAUGGAGGGAGGACCAUGCCGAAAGAAGGACUGCUACAGAUGAAGCUACCGGAACCUGUAAAACUCCAGAUGUGCCAUGUGCUGCAGUACCUGUGUGACUGCCAGGUGCGUCAUCGCAUCGAGGCAGUGGUGGCCUUCUCCGAUGACUUUGUGGCCUGCCUCCAAGACAACCAGCGGUUCCGCUACAAUGAGGUGAUGCUGGCCCUCAACAUGUCUGCAGCCCUCACCGCCAAGAAGACCAAAGAGUUCAGAUCUCCUCCACAGGAACAGAUCAACAUGCUGCUGAACUUUAAGGAUGAGAAGCAGGAGUGUCCCUGCCCUGAUUACAUCCGAGAACAGCUGCUUGACUUCCAUGAGGACCUGAUGAGACACUGUGGUAUAGAAUUGGAUGAGGAAAGGGGCAUAGAUGGUGACAGUGACUUUACCAUCCGAGGUCGACUCAUGUCAUUGGUGGAGAAAGUGGCUUACCUGAAGAAGAAGAUGGCCAACCUACCAAAGGAGAAAAAAGACAGGCAACCCAGUACGUUACAGCAGUUGAUAUCUGAUACGAUGGUUCGCUGGGCACAGGAGUCAGUUAUUGAUGAUCCAGAGCUGGUGAGAGCCAUGUUUGUCCUGCUGCACCGGCAGUAUGAUGGAAUUGGAGGACAGGUGCGCGCUCUUCCGAAGACUUACACUAUAAACUCAGUAUCGAUCGAGGACACCAUCAACCUGUUGGCUGCUCUGGGUCAGAUCAGAUCUCUGCUGAGUGUCCGUAUGGGACGAGAGGAGGAGAAACUGAUGAUCCGAGGGCUGGGUGAUAUAAUGAACAACAAGGUCUUCUACCAGCACCCUAACUUGAUGAGAGCUCUGGGCAUGCACGAGACAGUCAUGGAGGUCAUGGUCAACGUGCUCAGUGGAGGAGACUCCAAGGAAAUCACCUUUCCUAAAAUGGUGGCCAACUGUUGUCGAUUUCUCUGUUACUUCUGUCGGAUCAGCCGUCAGAACCAGAAAGCCAUGUUUGACCAUCUCAGCUACCUACUGGAGAACAGCAGCGUUGGCCUCGCAUCUCCUUCCAUGCGAGGCUCUACUCCUCUGGAUGUUGCCGCAGCAUCAGUGAUGGAUAAUAAUGAAUUGGCCCUGGCUUUAAGAGAGCCAGACCUGGAGAAGGUGGUGCAGUACCUGGCCGGCUGUGGGCUGCAGAGCUGCGUGAUGCUGGUGCGUAAAGGAUACCCUGACAUCGGCUGGAACCCUGUGGAGGGUGAACGCUACCUCGACUUCCUACGCUUUGCUGUCUUCUGCAACGGUGAAAGUGUGGAAGAGAAUGCCAACGUAGUGGUGAGACUACUGAUUCGUCGACCAGAAUGUUUUGGCCCCGCCCUUCGGGGUGAAGGUGGUGAUGGUUUGUUAGCAGCCAUGGAGGAAGCCAUUAAGAUCUCCAAAGAUCUGUCCAGAGACGGUCCCUCUCCUACAUCUGAGAGCAGCAAGACACUCAGUGACAUGAUGGAGGAAGAGGAAGAUGAUACCAUCCAUAUGGGAAAUGCCAUCAUGACCUUCUAUGCUGCUCUCAUUGACCUGUUGGGCCGCUGUGCUCCAGAGAUGCAUUUGAUCCAUGCUGGUAAAGGUGAAGCGAUUCGUAUCAGAGCCAUUCUAAGGUCUCUGAUUCCUAUUGAAGACCUGGUGGGAGUCAUCAGCAUUCCAUUCUCCAUGCCUAACCUGGCCAAAGAUGGGUUGGUGGUGGAGCCAGACAUGUCAGCUGGCUUCUGUCCAGAUCAUAAAGCAGCCAUGGUUCUGUUUCUGGACCGAGUCUAUGGAAUAGAGGACCAAAAUUUCCUGUUACACCUGCUGGAAGUCGGGUUCUUACCGGACCUGAGAGCUGCUGCCUCUCUGGACACUGUUGCUCUCAGUGCGACAGACAUGGCCCUUGCCCUCAACAGGUACCUGUGUACAGCUGUGUUGCCUCUUUUGACCAAGUGUGCUCCCCUGUUUGCGGGUACCGAGCCAUUCGCCUCACUGAUCGACUCCCUGCUGCACACUGUUUACCGCCUGUCCAAAGGCUGCUGCCUCACCAAAGCCCAGAGGGAUGCCAUAGAGGAGUGUCUGCUGGCUGUCUGUGGUAAGCUGAGGCCUUCCAUGAUGCAGCAUCUGCUGAGGAGGCUGGUGUUUGAUGUUCCUCUGCUUAAUGAACACACCAAGAUGCCUCUAAAGCUGUUGACCAAUCACUAUGAGCGCUGUUGGAAGUAUUACUGCCUGGCUGGAGGCUGGGGAAACUUCGGAGCCGCGUCAGAUGAAGAGCUUCAUCUCUCAAGGAAACUGUUCUGGGGAAUAUUUGAUGCACUGUCACGCAAGCGGUAUGACCAGGAGCUGUUUAAGCUGGCGUUACCAUGUCUCAGUGCUGUGGCCGGAGCACUCCCUCCAGACUACAUGGAGUCCAACUACAUGGCCAUGAUGGAGAAACAGUCGUCCAUGGACUCAGAGGGGAACUUCACUCCACAGCCUGCAGACACUGCCAAUGUGACUGUCCCAGAGAAACUGGACUAUUUCAUUACCAGAUAUGCAGAGCACAUCCAUGAGAAGUGGUGUAUAGAAAAGUUUUCCAAUGGCUGGUCAUUUGGGGAACAGAUGUGUGAAAUCUCCAAGAGCCACACCUUACUGAAACCAUACAAAAGCCUCACUGAGAAGGAUAAAGAAGCGUAUGGCUGGCCAGUCAGAGAGUCGCUGAAGACCAUGCUGGCGUGGGGCUGGAGCAUCGACAGGAUCAGAGAGGGAGACCCUGCCAGCCUCCACAACAAGUCCAGGAGGAUAUCACAGGCCAGCCAGCUGUCUUUUGAAGGAGGUCCAGCCUUCAGCCCCAGACCCAUUGACAUGAGCAAUGUCACACUGUCUAGAGACAUGCAGUCUAUGGCGGAGCUGCUUGCAGAGAAUUAUCAUAAUAUCUGGGCCAGGAAAAAGAAAAUGGAGCUGGAAGCCAAAGGUGGAGGAAACCAUCCUCUGCUGGUUCCCUAUGAUACACUGACUGCCAAAGAGAAAUCCAAAGACAGAGAAAAAGCACAAGACAUUCUCAAGUUCCUUCAGAUCAACGGUUACACUGUGUCCAGAGGAGUGAAGUCUCAGGAGCUGGACACUCCAGCUAUAGAGAAACGGUUUGCCUACACCUUCCUCCAGCAGCUCAUCACAUACGUAGACCAGGCACAGCAACACAUGAUGGAGUUUGAUGUAGGAACUCGACAGAUGGGAGAGAAGAUUCCUCAUGAGCAGCAGAUUAAGUUUUUUGGAAAGGUCGUCUUGCCUUUGGUGGAUCAGUACUUUAAAAACCACAGGCUGUACUUCCUGUCAACAGCCAUCCAUCCAAUCAGCAGCGGUGGCCACGCUUCCAACAAAGAGAAGGAGAUGGUGACGAGUCUUUUCUGCAAACUGGGAGUUCUUGUCAGACAUAGGAUAUCCUUAUUUGGUAACAAUGCAACAUCCAUAGUCAACUGUCUGCAGAUACUGGGACAAAGCCUGGAUGCCAGGACAGUGAUGAAAACUGGUCUGGAGUCAGUGAAGGCCGCCCUGCGGUCGUUCUUCGACAGUGCAGCAGAAGAUCUGGAGAAGACUCAGGAGAACCUGAAGCUCGGUCAGUUCACCCACAGCAGAGAGCAGCCACGAGGUGUCACUCAGAUCAUCAACUACACCACCUUUGCCCUGCUGCCCGUCCUCUCCUCCCUGUUUGAACAUAUUGGACAGAACAUGUUCGGAGAAGACCUCAUAUUGGAUGAUGUCCAGGUUUCCUGCUACAGAAUCCUCAAAAGCCUUUACUUCCUGGGAACCAACAAAAGCAUCUAUGUGGAGAGACAGCGUCCAGCAUUAGGCAAAUGUUUAGCUGCCUUCUCAGCAGCCUUCCCUGUUGCUUUCCUUGAGCAUCACAUCAACAAGUUCAACAGCUUCUCCAUCUACAAUAGCAAAGGCGCUAAAGACAGAGCAGGGAAAACACAGCACUUGUGUGCAGGAGUUGCUGAUGGCUCAGCAGCUCUAGGUCUUCCAGGGCAGGUUGGAGAGGUUUGCCCUCUCAUCCCGAACUUAGAGAAGUCUUUGGAGGAGAUCAUGGAACUGGCAGAGUCUGGCAUGAGAUACACUCAGAUGCCUCAUGUCAUGGAGGUGGUGUUGCCCAUGUUGUGCAGCUAUAUGUCUCACUGGUGGGAACAUGGACCAGAGAGCAACCCAGACAAAGCUGACAGCUGCUGCACCUCUGUGACCUCUGAACAUAUGAACACUCUGCUGGGAAACAUUCUCAAAAUCAUCUACAACAACCUGGGAAUAGAUGAAGGUGCCUGGAUGAAAAGACUGGCAGUAUUCUCUCAGCCAAUCAUCAGCAAGGCCAAAGCCCAGCUUCUCAAGACCCACUUCCUGCCUCUGAUGGAGAAACUCAAAAAAAAAGCAGCAGUUGUGCUGAUGGAUGAGGAACACAGCAAGGCAGAGGGGAGGGGUGAGAUGUCAGAGACAGAGCUCCUCAUCAUGGACCAGUUCACCGUACUGGUCAGAGACCUGUAUGCCUUCUACCCUCUCCUCAUAAGAUUUGUGGACUAUAACAGGGCCAGAUGGCUGAAGGAGUCCAACCCAGAGGCUGAGGAGCUGUUCCGCAUGGUUGCCGAGGUGUUCAUCUUCUGGGCCAAGUCCCAUAACUUCAAGCGAGAAGAGCAGAACUUUGUGGUCCAGAAUGAAAUCAACAACAUGUCCUUCCUCAUCACUGACACCAAGUGUAAGAUGUCAAAGGGAAUAGUUUCAGACCAGGAGAGGAAGAAAAUGAAGAGAAAGGGAGAUCGAUACUCAAUGCAGACGAGUCUGAUUGUUGCCACUCUGAAGCGGCUGCUGCCUGUUGGGCUCAACAUCUGUGCCCCCGGAGAACAAGAGCUCAUCGCACUGGCGAAGAACCGCUUCACUCAGAAAGAUACAGAGGAUGAGGUGCGAGAGAUCAUCAGGAACAAUCUCCAUUUACAGGGAAAGCUGGAGGACCCGGCUAUUCGUUGGCAGAUGGCUCUGUACAGAGACCUCCCAAACCACUAUGAGGACACCUCCAACCCAGAGAAGACUGUCGAGAGAGUCCUUGACAUCGCUCAUGUCCUCUUCCACCUAGACCAGGUUGAACAUCCUCAGCGCAGCAAGAAGGCUGUGUGGCACAAACUGCUGUCCAAGCAGAGGAAGAGAGCGGUGGUUGCUUGCUUCAGGAUGGCACCACUCUAUAACUUACCGAGGCACCGGGCUGUGAACUUGUUCCUGCAGGGCUAUGAGAAGUCCUGGAUUGAGGCAGAGGAACACUACUUCGAAGAUAAACUCAUAGAGGACCUUGCUAAACCAGGGGAACAGGAGCCAUCUGAGGAAGAGGAGGGGGUGAAACACAUUGAUCCACUGCACCAGCUCAUUCAGCUGUUCAGCAGAACAGCCCUCACAGAAAAGUGUAAACUGGAUGAGGAUAAUCUCUACAUGGCCUAUGCUGACAUCAUGGCUAAGAGUUGCCAUGAUGAAGAGGACGAGGAUGGAGAGGAAGUGAAGAGUUUCGAAGAGAAGGAAAUGGAGAAGCAGAAGCUGUUGUAUCAACAGGCUCGACUGCAUGACCGUGGAGCUGCUGAGAUGGUGCUUCAAACCAUCAGUGCUAGCAAAGGUGAGAUGGGUCCCAUGGUGGCCUCUACUCUAAAGCUGGGCAUAGCUAUUCUCAAUGGAGGAAACUCUACUGUACAGCAGAAAAUGUUGGAUUAUCUGAAAGAAAAGAAGGAUGUGGGCUUUUUUCAAAGUCUUGCUGGAUUGAUGCAAUCAUGCAGUGUUCUGGAUCUAAAUGCAUUUGAGAGGCAGAACAAAGCAGAAGGGCUGGGGAUGGUGACGGAGGAGGGAUCAGUCAUCACUCAUGAGCGUGGUGAGAAGGUCAUGCAGGAUGAUGAGUUCACCUGUGACCUUUUCCGCUUCCUGCAGCUGCUCUGUGAAGGACACAACUCAGAUUUCCAGAACUACUUGAGGACACAAACAGGGAAUAAUACAACCGUCAACAUCAUUAUCUCUACUGUCGACUACCUCCUCAGAGUGCAGGAGUCUAUCAGUGAUUUCUACUGGUAUUAUUCUGGUAAAGAUGUCAUUGACGAGCAGGGCCAGAGGAAUUUUUCCAAGGCGAUAAAUGUGGCCAAGCAGGUUUUCAACACGCUGACCGAGUACAUCCAGGGUCCGUGUACUGGCAACCAGCAGAGUUUGGCCCAUAGUCGACUGUGGGACGCUGUGGUUGGUUUUCUACAUGUCUUCGCUCACAUGCAAAUGAAGUUGUCUCAGGACUCCAGUCAGAUUGAGUUACUGAAGGAACUGAUGGAUCUGCAGAAAGAUAUGGUGGUAAUGCUGCUGUCUAUGCUGGAGGGUAAUGUGGUGAAUGGGACCAUUGGGAAGCAGAUGGUGGACAUGUUGGUGGAGUCCUCCAACAACGUGGAGAUGAUCCUCAAGUUCUUUGACAUGUUCCUCAAACUGAAAGACCUGACCUCCUCAGACACCUUCAAGGAGUAUGACCCCGAUGGAAAAGGUGUCAUCUCUAAGAGAGACUUCCAUAAGGCCAUGGAGAGCCAUAAACACUACACCCAGUCUGAGACAGAGUUCCUGCUCUCCUGUGCCGAGACUGAUGAGAAUGAACUGCUGGACUACGAAGAAUUUGUUGAGCGCUUUCAUGAGCCAGCCAAGGACAUCGGCUUCAAUGUGGCGGUUCUCCUGACCAAUCUCUCGGAGCACAUGCCUCAUGACACACGGCUGCAGACCUUCCUGGAGCUGGCAGAGAGCGUCCUCAACUACUUCCAACCCUACCUGGGCCGGAUCGAGAUCAUGGGCAGUGCAAAGCGCAUUGAGAGGGUCUACUUUGAGAUCAGCGAGUCCAGUAGAACACAGUGGGAGAAACCUCAGGUCAAAGAAUCUAAGCGUCAGUUCAUCUUUGACGUGGUAAAUGAAGGCGGGGAGAAGGAGAAGAUGGAGCUGUUUGUGAACUUCUGCGAGGACACCAUCUUUGAAAUGCAGCUGGCAGCUCAGAUGUCCGAUGCCGGCGAGCGGUCAGCAGUCAAAGAGGAGAGCGAGCGGGAGAAGCCAGACGAGGAGAACCCGGAGAUGGGCUUCUUCUCUGUGACCACCGUCCGCAUGGCGCUGUUAGCUCUGCGCUACAACGUCAUGCUGCUCAUAAAGGUGCUGUCCAUGAAGAGUUUGAAGAAGCAGAUGAAGAAGAUAAAGAACAUGACAGUGAAGGACAUGGUGACCACCCUGGUGUCUUUCUACUGGACUGUGCUGCUAGGCCUCCUCCAUGUGGCUUUCAGUGUGGCCCGGGGAUUUUGUCGAAUCUUCUACAACACCUUCAUGGGGGGCAAUCUGGUUGAGGGAGCCAAGACCAUAAAGGUGUCAGAGCUGCUGGCCAACAUGCCUGAUCCCACCCAGGACGAGGUGAGGGGUGAAGGGGAGGACCGGGAGAAGAGAGCCUCCGACCGCAGCUCCCCAAAGGAGGACCUGGCUGACCUGGCAGUCAACACCAGUGAGACUGAGCUGCUCUCAGACAUUUUUGGCCUCGACUUAAGAAGAGAAGGGGGCCAGUACAAGAUCACCCCGCACAACCCCAACGCCAGCCUGACUGAACUGCUCAAUUCUCCAGUUCCUUCCCCAACCCCACCAACUCCACCCACAGCACCUCCACCUGAGCUGAGGCGGAGGCAUCAGUCGAAGAGUUCUUCCUCAGACGAGAAGGAGGCACCAGCAGAGACAGAGUGCGAACCUGAGAAAACAUCAGAGAGUGAACAUGUAGAGAAACAAGAGAAACUACAGAAGAAUGAAAAGAUGAGGCCAAAAGUGAGACGGCAUCAUUCCUCCAAGUCUGAUGAACCUGAUCUACAGGAGUCUGCCUUCUUGAAGAAGAUCAUAGCCUACCAGAGGAAACUACUGAACUACUUUGCCAGGAACUUCUACAACAUGAGAAUGCUGGCGCUGUUUGUUGCAUUUGCAAUCAACUUUAUCCUUCUAUUCUAUAAGGUUUCUACAUCCACAACUGUGAUUGAGGAAAGGGAAGUGGUGUACACCAGCAGCCAACCAGAUAACAGUGUUCAGUGGGAUCCACUGGCAGGAGAAGCAUUGGAGAUGAGGGAGGAGAUGGUGGAUGAGGCUGGGGAGCCCGUGAAGCCAGUCACAGUGCGUUUUGUCCUGGAGGAAAGCAGUGGAUACAUGGAGCCCAUGUUACGGAUCCUGGCAGUCCUGCACACAGUCAUCUCUUUCUUCUGCAUCAUCGGAUACUACUGUCUCAAGGUGCCACUGGUGAUCUUUAAGCGUGAGAAGGAGGUGGCCAGAAAGCUAGAAUUCGAUGGCCUUUACAUAACAGAACAACCAUCUGAGGAUGACAUCAAAGGGCAGUGGGACAGACUUGUCAUCAACACACAAUCUUUCCCCAACAACUACUGGGAUAAGUUUGUGAAGAGGAAGGUGAUGGAUAAAUAUGGAGAGUUCUAUGGUCAUGACCGGAUCAGUGAGCUGCUGGGAAUGGAUAAGGCUGCUCUGGACUUCAGUGAUGCUCACAAAAAGAGAAAACCCAGGAGAGACGGCUCACUGGCUGCUGUGCUGAACUCCAUCGAUGUCAAGUACCAGAUCUGGAAGCUGGGGGUUGUAUUCACAGACAAUUCCUUCCUGUAUUUGGCCUGGUAUAUGACCAUGUCCAUCCUGGGUCACUAUAACAACUUCUUCUUUGCUGCCCAUCUGCUUGACAUCGCCAUGGGCUUCAAGACACUGCGCACCAUUUUGUCCUCAGUCACACACAAUGGCAAACAGCUGGUGUUAACAGUUGGCCUGUUAGCAGUGGUGGUGUACCUCUACACAGUAGUGGCCUUCAACUUCUUCAGGAAGUUCUACAACAAGGGUGAAGAUGGAGAACUGCCGGACAUGAAGUGUGACGACAUGUUGACAUGCUACAUGUUCCACAUGUAUGUAGGUGUGAGAGCCGGUGGAGGGAUCGGUGACCAGAUUGAAGACCCGGCGGGUGACGAGUAUGAGAUCUACCGCAUCAUCUUUGACAUCACCUUCUUCUUCUUUGUCAUUGUAAUCCUUCUGGCCAUCAUCCAGGGGUUGAUCAUCGAUGCCUUUGGAGAGUUGAGGGACCAGCAGGAACAAGUGAAAGAAGACAUGGAGACGAAAUGUUUUAUCUGUGGAAUAGGCAAUGACUACUUUGACACAGUGCCACAUGGCUUUGAAACACACACUCUACAGGAGCACAACCUAGCCAACUACCUAUUCUUUGUGAUGUAUCUCAUCAACAAGGAUGAAACAGAGCACACAGGCCAGGAGUCUUACGUAUGGAAGAUGUACCAGGAGCGUUGCUGGGAGUUUUUCCCUGCUGGCGACUGUUUCCGAAAACAGUACGAGGAUCAGCUCAACUAAUCUCUUCUUGGAGCAACAGACUCUCCCCUUUCAUACUGUAAUCUGUUCAAGGCACCUCGGCAGCCAAUCUUCCCUCUGCUUCUACAAUCCUACAAACUUUUCUUAUGGUCACCGUUGUAAGGGGUGCCUGCUCCACCAAAUGAUGAGUUCUACACUCGGCUCCGCGUUCCUGUCCAGGAGGAACUUCGUGUCAGGCCUCCUCUACAGGCCCCACCCUAAGCCUUUCCUCCCAACUCUUCCUCAUCCAGACAGUCAACUCGCCAGCUCUGCUCCAUCUUCCAGCACACUUUGUUUGGAAUGCAUCUAAGACUUACAUACUGUACAUAGAAAAUAUCAGAUUAUAUGCUGUAAAAUAUGUGACUGCUGGCACGUCAAGGUUUUUGGCUCAGAUGAUGACUUCUUUGCAUCAUCUUAUUCUACAUUCACAGUAACAAGCAAAAAAUACAAAGGAAGGCGGGAACUAAGGAAAAAAGGAAGUUCCCAAAGAGCGACAGAGGAGAGAGGAAGGGACGAAAGAGAGAACUCCUCCUGAAAGACUUUCAAGACAAUGAUCAGUACAGAAAGAGCAGACAUUAGUAUGAGGACGUUUACGACUUUUCAUGUGUACAAUGCACGUUGCAUGUAGGUAUAGGGAGUGGACAUGAAUAAGAAACACCUCUACAACCCUGCUGUGAUCCAACACAACAGCUCUGCAAUAAAUCUGACCUUUCAGAAGCUUACAUGAUCAGCGCUUGUUAAGACUGUCAAAAAGGUGAUGAUUUAUUUCAAACUCUUGGUAAGUUGGUCUUCAAGUUUUUUUUUUGUUUUUUUUUUUAGUUUCUGAAACAUGUUAAGUGAGAAAAUAUAAGGUGUCUCAAACGUAAUCUAGUCCGACACACCACCAAAUUUAGGUCUCCGCCAUUACUGCAGAGUUUGAAACUGGCUAGCAUUGUACAGUAUUCAUACUGGGACACGGGACAUCUGGUGUACUGCUGGACUCGAAUGACGUCAACUGGGCCAAACCAGAGCCAAUAACUAUAGUAAAACACGCGGCUGAGUGCUGGAUAACCAAACUUGAGCCACGUUAUGGCAUGACUUUUGUGGCUCACAUCUAGAAAUACAAGCCAGGGGUCAGUAAUCUUUGCCAGACUCGAUCCAGCACUAUUGAUGCCGUCUCAGUCCACACUGCGGCCGUACCUCACAACUAUGCUGACUCGGGUGUGCCGGGCCUACAAGAUGUUGGGCCGUGAAGUAUGGACUGAUACAAUUUGGCUAGCUGGGAAUCAACACCUCUGUGACAGGGUCAGUGGUAAACGUAAUAUCCUGGUUUUCACAAAUAGGGCAGUUGUACUGGAUUGAAUUAAAGGAAAGUUACCAGAUUGUGUCCACUCCCUGUACAUGCCAAUACUGUGUGUGAAGGGCUCCUUAACUAAGUGUUCACAUUGCAAGCAUCAUGAUUAACUGUUUUUUUUUUUUCCAAUGGAGCUGACUGAGUUCAAAGACAACAAGUCAUACUCCUUCAUCAGCUUGCACGUUAUCAAAAAAUCUUCUUUUUUUUUUCUUUUUAGACAACAGAAAAAAAUAAAAGUCCCCUAAACUAUGCUUGGAAGAUGGUUGAAUCCAUUAUUGGCAUUUCUUGUUUAAUCUGCCUUUUUUUCUCUCUCUUUUAUUUAAUUUUUUUUUUUUAUCCCAACAGCAGCAUGGCCUUGAUAGAGGAUAGCGAUAGAGACGUCUCUCAUUUUGUCCAAUAGUCUGGCUCAGAACAAUAUAUGUGGACCACUGCUGGUGAGAUUGCCAAGAGAUUUACUAAGCACAUUAAUAUUUCCUGUUAACUUUACUGACCACAUGACCUAACGUCACUGUCCAGACAAACAUGACAUUUUUAGCAACAGUACUAGUCAAGGCUAAACAGCUAAACAGUCAGCAUGUUUGUUCGAUCUGACAGUGUUGUGGUGUAACGAACAUCACAGUCUCUAGGCGUCACUAGUGGAGCUUUAGACGUUCUUUUUUUUCAAUGACUGCUACUGAAUCAUGGCUUGCUUUGUACAUUUUUGAUUAAAUUAUAUAAGUUGAUGAAAAGCAAUACCAAAGCGGCAAAAAAAAAUAAUUUAUGUUUCAGACUUUAUAGCUGAAAACAAAGUUAGUGUGUGCUUGUUAGCUUAGAUUAAUAAUCAACCAGAUUGGAGCGACCCGUCGGUCGUGUUUCCUGCGUGGAGAACGCACAGCAUGAAGCUGAAGACAGAUGAUCAAUGUGUGAAUGAAAGUAAAGGGAGACGAGACGGGAGGAUACAGUGCCUUACUACGUCUGCGGCGAGCUAUGCAAGCUAGAGGAGGAGAGAGGGAUGUAAGAGAGCUUCUCAAAGAUACAGUGUUACCGAUUACAACUGGAGCUGGGUGACGGGGUGUUUUUGCACCUCCGGUUCCCUCGUCUGAAAGUCAGUGGGUUUGGUGAAAAGGGUUUUUGGUUAAAUGGCUGAAAUAAAGUCUGCUGCUCACACGAGCUGAAUAGUUUUUCACUUUUCGUUUGACGACAUAUGUCAGUAAAUAACCCAUGACUGCAGAGGUCGUCAGGCAAGAGGCUUCAUGCGGAACUCACUAGUCCGACUAUAAAGGCAGACUAGUGAGUAGAUUUUAGCUGCAAACUAUUCUAACUCUAAUUUGCCCAUUUGUAGACUAAUUUAUUGAUAGUAAAGUGUGUAAGGUAUAGUGUACUAAGAAGCCUGGUGGUUACGUUGAAUUCAUAUAACAUGAGCAUUUUACUUUUGUCGUUCACUCUUCAAAAAUCAGAAAAGUGCUGUUCAUCUGUGAAGAUUAACUAAACAAAAAGUGAACAUAUCAACUCAUAAACUGAUGUAAAAUCCCACUGGCCUUUUUUCAAGGGAACCAGGGCGAUGCAAACUUCCAGGUUAGUCGACAAAAACACUUCAUGUCUGCAGCAGAAGAGAAAGAAGUAGAGAAAGAGAUGGUAGAAGGACAGAGCUUGAUUUAUAGCUUUAUGCAGCAUAUGGGGGGUUGCAAUUUUAAUUUAAUUCUGUAAACGAAUACAGAUUAUACAGUACUGUCACGUGAUCUUUAGGUUGUCUUGAAAAGUCCUGCAAAGUCAGGUCUCAAUUGAGGUCACACUUCAGCUUGACGGAAAACUCAGUGGGGAUGUUUAAUAGCAAUCAUCGGUUGAGCAUGUAACAAGAGAAAAACGUCCACUCUCUUCAUACUAAUACUGUGAUACUCAACAAGUUCAGAUUUAACAAAGGAAUUCAUAUGAAUUCACAAUAUAUGUACACACAAUUGCAUGGCUUUUUUUCCCCCUUUACGAUGUCCACCUCGAUAAAACUAAUUCAGUCUAACACAGCAGUUCUGGAAUAAAUCCUCACCCCACGAAGGUACUAAUAUCCACUUUAAAUUUACGUUUUAAACGAUAUAAAAAUGAGCUAACAUUACCGACAGAGUGGAGAAACAACAGUGUUGACAUUAUGUCAAAUAUGUCUAUGUACUGUGUGUGAAGAGAUGUCUCUUGAAGCUAGCAUGCUAAUCAGCUAGCCCCAGCCCAGCCUGUCUCAUCUCCUGAUACCAGUUUGUACCUCAGGAGGUGAUGGUCUGAUAGUUUCAGUUGGGAGAUGUGGGCGAGCGACAGGUUCGCUACUUAGUCCAAGUACACAAAAUACACCUAUUUUGUUUGCUAAGAAAAGUAAUAAGUUAGCAAGAAGUAAUUCCUGACGGGGUGGACAAUAUAUUAGAAACACAUCUCAAUAUAAAUAGUCCAUAGUGGGUUUUAUUGCAGGGUUGUUUGAUUAGACUGUUUUUUUCACAAGUAAAAUUAGUAAACUGAUAACUGUGUGUUGCAAUACUACUGCAGAGCAAGUUGUGUGUGUGUGUGUGUGUGUGUGUGUGUGUGUGUGUGUGUGUGUGUGUGUGUGUGUGUGUGUGUUAUGGCUGUUUCAGCAGCAUAAACAGUUGUUAAGUUGUAUCCAUCAUUUAUAAUGCUGCCAUACCAACAACCUUAAGAUGGAUUCAUCCUCUUAGCUUAGCUUUGUUUAAGUACACACAUUGCUGCAGACACUCACUGUAUACGUUCUGUCUCGAGGAAACAUCGAGAGACAGAAGUUCAUUAGCCACGUCAAGUGUGUUGGAAUGUUUGUUUUCUAUUUUGUAUUUUAAUUGUUACACCCCUCGCUGCAGAACAGAAAACGUGACCGAAGUGUAGACCUUCUGUAGAACACACUGAAUGACUUUUGAAGUCUGGACCUUGUAGGAUUUUUUUUUUUUUGGUCAGAAUGCACAGGCAAGGGAAGAAAGAAUGAUGGUAUCAAAAACAAAAUUCUAAGUGCUGUAUCGGAGGCUGCUUGACUUGUUUCAGUUUCUUGAAGACGUUUGUAGACUUUUAAACUCUGCGUGGGCACAAGGACACAGGACACGGCACAACAAAAACAAAAUAGUCUAUUUGAAUCAGAAUUAUUAUUCCAGUAUUGUUUCUUUCUUUUGUUUCAUAAAGCCACUCCUCAAUGAUACAAAGUGUGUGUUGGUCAUUUUCCAAUUGUUUAACCAAGGCCUUUUUUAUUUAUUUAUUUAUUUAUUUUUCGGUGAUGAUCUUAUGCAAUACAGCAAACAGAGUUACUCUUCUUUGUAUAGACAUUCUCCAAAAAGCUCUACUCAGAAAAAAAUGAUGACAUUGCAUGUUUAUUAUGCGGGUUUGAUGAACAAGUAUAAACAAAAUCACUUAAUCUAUGUCACCCAUAAAUUGUUUAAUAGGAUUAUUUAAGAUGAAUUAAGAUUUCUGUAAUGUAUUUAAGUGUUGUGGGCUUCAUUGUCAAGUCAUUUGCCACAACUGCAUCCCUUUGGAAAAAAAAGAAAAGAAAAAAAAAGUGGCUUCUGCUUUUCUCUCACUUAACAAUUUCUGUUUUAAUAUACUAUGAGUCAAAGGUUUGUUUAAGUAUCAAUUGGUUUUAAGCUCAAGCAAUAGCCCUUCAGGGAGUGUAUGGGAGGUGACUGACCAUUGUAAAUUGCAAACAAAGGCAAAACAAAUAAAAGCUUGCUCAUCUUUGUCUAUUAAAA